GAGCGGGAUGCGGCGCCCUCCCUCCCUCCUCCCGCCCGCCGGCAGCAUGAGCCCGUCCUUCCUCCUCCUCCUCCUCCUCCUCGCCCUGCCCGCCCGCGCCCGGCGAGAGCAGGUGCCCGGCGGGGCUCAGCGGGGCCGCAACGCCCCCGCGUCUUCCUCCUCCUCCUCUUCCUCCUCCCCGGCGGCGGCGGCGGGGCCGAGCCGCUUCCCGCGGAGCCGCCCGGAUCGGCGGCGGGGCCGCCUCUACUGCCGGGUGGGCAUCGGCUUCCACCUGCAGCUGCACCCCGACGGCCGCGUGGACGGCGCCCACGACGCGAGCCCGCUCAGUAUUUUGGAAAUAUUUGCUGUGUCUCAGGGGAUUGUAGGAAUACGAGGAGUUUUCAGCAACAAAUUUUUAGCGAUGUCAAAAAAAGGAAAACUCCAUGCAAGUGCCCGCUUCACGGUGGACUGCCAUUUCCGGGAGCGCUUCCAGGAGAACAGCUACAACACGUACGCCUCGGCCGUGCACCGCAGCCCGCGCUCGGGCCGCCCGUGGUACGUGGCGCUCAACAAGCGCGGCAAGGCCAAGCGGGGCUGCAGCCCCCGCGCCCGGCCCCAGCACGUCUCCACGCACUUCCUGCCCCGCUUCUGGCAGCCGCAGCCCCCCGAGCUCGCCUUCACCGUGGCUCUGCCCGACAAGAAGCCCCCGCCGCCCAAGCCCAAGGCGGCGCCGUCCCCGCCGCGCAGGAGCGGCGGUCCCGUCCGGUACCGGCUGAAAUUCCGCUUUGGGUAGCGCCCCGCGGGGCUGGCACCGCGCACACCGCGCACCGGGAGCUGUCGGGGUGACCCCGCGGGACACUCGUGUGGCCCUCUGCACGGGGACACGGGCCGGCUCCCGGCCGGGCUCCAGGUCCUCUCCGCACCGCACGAGCUGGGAGGCAUCCCCGGACACGCGUGCUGGGAUGAGCGGCUCGGGCUUGCCAAAGAGAAUUCCUGCGGUGGACUGAAAGCGCUGCACGGACCUCGGGUCAGCCCUCUGUUGUUGGAAGAAGCGGAAAUGUACCUCUAUUGCAGACAUAUUUUCUUAUUUUCACCAGUGACUCCUUUGACAAUCAUUUUCAUACGAGAGAGAUGUUCAGAGCCAAGCGGUUUUGUUUGUUUUUCUUGCAUCUCUUUCUUGCUGCACUUUUUCCUCCGACCAUACCUCAGGCACCGUGUAUCCAGGUCUGUCCCUUUCCCUUCUCUUAGAAGCCAGCUCUUCUUUUCCACAGGUAAAACAGAGAGACCAAGCCCUGCAGAUUCAGUCACCUUAUCUGUGGUGCCAGGAGGUCUUCAAACCCUUUGUUGGCAAUAAUAGGUGUGUGUAUAUAUUUUGUGAUAAAUACAUCACAGUGUAUGAUUUGGGGGGAGUGGCUGUUCGCAGCCCGCUCCUGAUGGUCUCUCUUGUUCUUCCCUGGACAUUUGGAGGAGCGAGUCUCUUCCCGUCCUUCCAAGUAUGGAUUCAAUGCCUACUUUGAAAUACCUCUGCCCUGGUCCCGGGGCUUUCCCACUCCCUGGAGGAGUCCCUCCACAGGUGUCCCCUCAGGACAGGGAUGCCUGUGGCCCCCAGGUGCCCACUGAUUUCAUCCAACAGUUGUUGCUGCUGAUUUAUUUUCUCACUCUCAAUACAUUUGCAGAGGCAGGGAGCAAGGUUUUUAUUUUACAGUGAGCGUGGCAAUGUGGCAAUAAAUGCUGUUCCAGCUGCUUGUCCUUUGGGGAGUGUCUUUCCCACCCAGGUGUCCCCAGGGCCCUGAUGUUGAAUUGUUUCUCUGUCGUGGUGUGAUCUGUGGAGUAAUUGUGCACAUGGAGCUUGUAAUCAGUGUUUAGCAGUGCUGCUGUACGUACAGGCACUGGUAGCAUUGAACCUCACCGGCGAGGCCUUAAUCGGAGCCCAGGUGGGCUCAGGUUGGCAGAAGCCCUCAGGACCUGAGCCCCACCAGCGUCCAGCAGCAAUAAUUAGCCUCCUCUCCGCAUCUGAUUGUGGUACCAAUGGCUGCUCCCACUGGAAUCGUGGUUCUGAGCCUUUGUCAUCCUUCUGGCAGCCCCUGAUCGGACGCGCGUGCUUCCCGUACGAGGACGGAUGGGGACGCUGGAAUAAAACAGUUGUGUUUCAAUAA